ACUAUAUUUAUUAAUUGCAGCUCAAUUCAAUUUAACUUUCUCAUUUUCAUUUAAUUUUUAGCUCUCAACCUCACUCGUCGUCGCUCCACCACCGACGAACCCGUCGCCGGCCUCUCCUCCAUCACCUCAGUCAGAACACCAGCAUCAAAAUCGCCGCCAGCUGCAAUUUUUGCCCCAAAACACCGACGAGCUGCCCCAGUUCGUCACACCAUCGGGAUCAUGAAUCGAUCGCCGCUUACAUCCUCCCUCAUCGCUAUUUUUUGCUUUACCACCAGCCUUCCAUGGCCGGUAAGAAUGUCACCACCUUACAACUAGUCCACUGCUUCCUCCACAUCACCGGCGAGAAAACCACCUCUAGCCUCCCCCUUUUUCUACUCCGCACUAUUGCCGCACCACAACUCCAUAGACGGAAGCCCAACGACCAGCAACUCCUCGCAGCUGCCGCCGCUGACCUGUCUUCGCCGGAAAUUAAUGGGUCCUCAAGAACCCAUUCACAGAUGGAACCUGAUUAUAGCUCGAUAUAUCAACGAAAUAUUGAUAAUAGAAUGGUUGAGGCUGAGAAUGAAGAUGCGGAUGAUGAGUUGUAGUUUUUAGUCUUUUGUAUGUUUUAUAGUUUGGAUUUAGAACCUGGAUAAAUUUUGUAAAUAAUUUGAUUUUUAAUGUUUGUAUUCUUAUGGUGGUUGGUUGAUUGUAUAUUAAAUGAUUGGUGGGCUGUAUUGUAAAUAAUUUGAUUUGAUUUUUAAUGUUGUAAAUGAUUGGUGUAUUGUAAAUAAUUUGAUUUUUAAUAUUUGUAUUUUGGAAAUUUUUAA